AAUAUCAUGAGAUGGAAUGACACCAAAUGUAUUCCAGAAGAAAUGAAAUAUGUUUUUCCAAAUGUGUACGAAUACACAAACGAUUCAACGCACAACGAAAGUGGGCGAGUGAACAAAUUCUUUCAAUUAACCGUCUACAAUAAGUGCUUAGAAUCGCGAUGUUACGUGGUACCCAUCGGUCAUCAGUACGAUUAUAAAAUUUUUGCCAAUGGUUCUUUUUAUGUACCUUAUUAUGUAACAUUAUUUAAAUCGGCAUCAUAUUGCCUCGGCGUCAUCUUGGAAAGAGGGCGUAGAUUUGAAGCGAUUUUCAGUUCAGAACAGUAUGCGGAACUUAAAAGGAACGCUUUGAAGUACACGCCUGAGUACAGUUGGAUAACACGUGUAUUAAAUAUAUAUUCCAGCUUGCUAUUAGUGUGUAUAUUAUUUUUGGUGGCAGUAUUUCUAGUGUAUUCUAUAUUGCCAGGACUCCGAAAUGAACACGGCUUCAUGUUGCGCAAUUACAGUGCAGUUACAUCCAUCGCAUUGAUGAUUGAUAUUGUGAGACUUUCAAAUAUGAAAGAGGAUGUUUCAUAUCCCGUCUGUAUUACAAUUGCCUUUUUAGGAUAUUUUUGUCUUAUAUCGGGUUACUUCUGGCUAAGUAUUAUGAGCUUUAAUAUGUGGCGGACAUUCAGAAGAUUCACUUUGUUACAAAGAAACAGCAGACAAUCAGAAAAAAAAAAGUUGGUAUAUUAUGCUAUUUUUGCGUACGGAUGUCCGUUUGUACUUGCUAUUAUUUGUGUAAUCGUUGUGGAUUAUGUUUCCGAGUAUAUACCAAUAAUUUUGAGACCAGAAUUCAAAAAGGGGUAUUGCUGGUACUUUACGGAACGUUUUGAAGCGUUUAUGUUGUAUUAUUAUUCGAUCAAAACUGUCUGUGUUAUUAGUAGCAUUUGCUUAUCCAUUUUUACGGCAAGGAACAUCAAACAUUUCGAAAGGGAUACAAACUUCAGUCUAACAGAUUCGGAAAGCAAGCAAUUUAAUGACAAUAAGAGAUGGUUAAAUCUAUAUAUAAAGUUAUUUAUCGUGUUUUUUAUCAUUAUGGGUAUAAAUUGGAUAAUGUAUAUAAUUUCAAGAUUGUUAUUUACAACACAAUUAUAUAAAUAUAGUUAUUACACUGAAAUUGUUAGUGCCUUGUUAGGUGUAGUACAAAAUUUCUUCAUGUUUAUCAUAUUUGUAUGGAAAAAAAAAAACAAGUUGAUGUUACUAAAACGAUUCGGAUUUAAGACGAAUGCAUCGACUAACACAUCGAAUAUCACAUUGGAGGUAUCUAUGCAGGAAAUGUCGAACUCUUGCGGAGAAGAAAACUGUCACACGAAAGAUUCAUCUAAUGGGAUUGAAUUCUAAUGUUGUCAGUGUGUAAAGAAAAGUUUUAUCGCAGAUCAAAGAUCAACGAUUAAUCACAAUUUAAUAUAUUUUAUAAUUACAAUUGAAA